AACAAAGCGACUCACUUUCUUUUAUUUUUAUGCAUGCCUGACACCGAAUGUUCCCUGAUUUUCAUCUGAAUUCUGUGAGUCCCAACUUUACUUUCGUCAGCAUCACCGCAUUCAUCGCCCCUGAGCACUUUCUAGUCCAUUGUCGUCCCUGUUCCCCAUUCCCUGCUCCCCAUCUUCCUACAAAAGCGCAUCCCCUUUUCCUUUCCAUCUCUUCUUUUUUCCUUUUCCUCUUUUCUUCACAUUUCUUUUUGCAUAGGAAGGUCGUAUUUUUCUUCUUUUAAAUAAAACCUUCAUCCACACACUCACUCCUCCCUCCACAUUUAACGACCCAUUCCUUCUUAUAUACCCAUCACUACUACAAUAACCCAUCAACAGCUCUCCACCUUCAAUUGUUCUCUUCACCUUUUUCUCCCCCAUCCCGCCAAUCAAUAUGAAGUACUUGGUUGGCCUAGCAGCCCUUGCCUCGGUUGCUUUUGCUGACAUCACGUUUAAUGUCGUAGGUUAUCCUUCCUCCCCUACUGGCAGCUUUGGUGUCUCUAUCGGUGGCACGGUCCACAAGCUUAUUGCCAACGAGACCACUUUCCCUGUCUUUAAAGGUACAGUCCCUGGCACGACUGGUACAGUCCAGUACUCAUACGUCGAGCUCGACCCUCAGGGUGGAGUCGUCAAAACCGAGCCCUUCGUACGCCAGCUGGCCAACCAGUCCGAAACCUCGACCUUGAACGAGUUCUUUGAACGUCAGACCACUGUCUGGGAAUUGCCAAAGUUGCCCUAUACUUACUUGGCCACCUACCCUUCCAAGACCAAGGCCUUCAAGCAGAAGCAAAUUGCCACUAUCCAUGUUACAGGACCAAAAGCCUUGAUCGAUGAGAUGAAUGCAAACCCCAAGAACGACAAGGAGUACAAGGUUGACUUCCGCUUCAUCAACUCCAAGACCAUUCAUUCUCAGACCAAUAUCACUUUCAAGACCUCGGGCAAAUCCUCCAAGGAGUUCAAGAAGCAGUCGUACGCAUUUGAAUUCGAUACCUCAUUUGGUCAAGAGUUCUUCUCUCGCCCCAACAUCAAGUUGCGCUCCAUGUUCCAGGAUCCUACCAUGAUUCGCGAGAAGUUGUAUAUUGACAUGCUUAACUCCGUUGGUGUUCCUACUCAACAGGGUGCCUGGGUUCGCUUGUUUGUCAACAACGAGCCUUAUGGUCUCUAUUUGAUGGUAGAUGAUAUCAAGAAGUCUUUUGCCAAGCAGACGAUUCACGGAGGUGAUCCCAAUGUGCGGCGUGGUGAUAUGGUUCAGAUGAAUGCCUGGAUCAACAAGGCUGAUUUAGUUUACAAGGGUCCCAACAGUGCUGACUAUGACCCUGAUGCGUACAAGUCCCGCAAUUUGGGCACGAGCCCCGAAGCCAAUCCUCUGCAGGAUUUGAUUGCAUUCAUGAAGGAUCUCGAAGGCUUUGACCCCAAUACCAACCCUGAUCCCGUUGGUUUCUGGAACAACACUCGUUUGGAUUUGGACAAUGUCUUGCGCACCAUGGCUCUUGAGUACUUGAUGGGCGGAUUUGAUAUGUACUGGUAUGCUGCCUCCAACUACUUCAUGUACAGGAACCCAACUUUGGCUGCUAACGGUGGCAAGUGGCAAAUCAUCCCCACAGACAUGGACAACACCUUCGGCAGUGGUUAUCCUUACUCGACCGUCCCCGCCUACCAGACCUAUGUUGAUUUCACCAAGAACGGUCCUCGUCCCCUUGUUCAGAAGUUGAUCUUGGGCAGCAAGCCAAUCAAUGCUCUUUUUGAGCAGACCUUGAAGGAGAUUGUCAGCACUGCUUUCAAGCCCGAGGCCAUCAAGCUUCGUGCAGAGGCCUACCACAAGAUGCUUCAGCUCGAUGCUCAGUGGGAUCUUUCCUUGGUCCGCAAGAGCCCCGGUUUGGACCGCAACCUCACCAUCGAAGACUUCAACACCAACUUGUACACCAAGACCAAGAACAUGCAGGCUGGUGUUUUGGGAUGGGUCGAGUCCGUCUCUAACCUUGUGGCCGCUCAACUCAACUUUGCAAUCCCUCCAGGUCUUGUUGAUCGUGUGCCCCCACCUCCCAAGAAGGGUACCCAGGGCAGCCCUGAGGAUGAAGAAGAUGAUGUCAUUGGCGAGGGUCAGGAUGGUGGCAGCGGCAACGGCAACAGUGCUGCCAGUGGAUUCUUUGCCAGCUCCAAGUACAUGCUUGGCCAGGCUGCAUUUGCCGCCGUCGUUGCCUUGGCAAUGAUUCUUUAAAAUUUAAAUCAACAAAGAAUAAUACCAGUUUUGCUGUUAGGUUUUUUUUUUUUUUUUCAUAGAGACGGU